AAUUUUGUUUCAUUUUUUUAUUUCCUAGGAAAUCUGCACCUUUUUUUUUUGUUGGAUCUACGAUAUUUCCUAUCUUGACACAUUUGAACUACUGAAGCAAUAUAUGAAACAUGGAAACAUCAUUGUUCAUUGAGCUUUUAUUCCCAUUAUCGAAACAAAACCAUUGUGAUUCUCUGAUUGAAAUUUUGUUGGUAAUAGCUUAGCACUAAUAAUUCGCACCAGUCAGAGAAGGCACCUUUAGUUGGGCAAAGAAUGAAGCACAUGUAUUUGAUACUUAUAUCAACCAUCAAAUGUUCUGUCAGACAAAUCCAAUAGCAGGAAAUAUUGAAGAAAAAAAAAUCCAAUACCAGGAAAUAUUCUUGCCACAUAACAGUUUGUAUGUUUCGUUCAAAGAAAAAAAAAGAAGAGUUUUUCCAUCUACUGAUUCUCCAAGGGAGAGCAGCGACCCCAUUAGUUUCUUGAUAGAUUUAUUUGACAUAGGUACAUUGGAAUUUCUGUGUCAUGUACAAACUUCACAGCAUGUAUGAUAAUUUUAUGGCGUAGUUGUGGCCGAGAUUCAUGGGCUAGAAGAGCAGAACACUGAUUGCAAUGUUCCAACAAACUGUGACCAAAAAUAUUGAGAAGUCCCGAGUCAACACAUUGUGAUAAGCUAAUCUAAAAGUGAAGGUUGAUGCUGAUGCAGCCACCUGAGAUUAUUUAGUUUUUUUAACUAUAGAUGUUACCCCCUCCCAUUUCUAUUAAAGAAACAGAUAUGUUUACAGCAGAACAUCUGAGAUUAUUUUGUUGGAAGUGGAAAGUGACGCGGCAACUUCCUAGUGCAGUGCAGAGAUGGUUUAUUUCAGUACAAUUUAACUUGCGUCAACAGUUUUGUUUGAAAUCAGUUUUGUUUAGUUGUUAGGAGAUGGCAUAUUCUUAGAUAUCUCCACAAUAUGGAUGGAGACAACAAUCAGUUCGCUUGAAAUUUGAUCCCCUUUUCGUUGUUGACUAAGAUUCUUGAUAAUCUAAUACGUGGCUGCUCGCGUGAGGUGUCCUGCAUCCACAUUGCUGUCAGGAUUAGGAAAGCCAUUGAGUAGGGUUAGAAAAUAGAUUGUAUUAAUUAAAAAUGGCUCAAUAUGUGUAUAUAUUGAGCUCUGUGCCACCAUUCCAUUUCAUCAAUCUACUUGGUUCUGAACAGGAUCGGAGAAGUUGCAUACUAAUUAAAGCCAGAAGCACUACUCGUUCAGCCUUGAUGGCUGUGGUUCUGGAGGCCUUGGCAUCCAACCUGAGCAAUGUGCUUGCCAAGAUGGCGAGGAAGGAGGUGGGCAUGCUGCUUGGUAUCUCUGACAAGAUCGACAGCCUCCGCGUCAGGCUUGAUGGGCUCAAGGAGUUCCUCGCCGACGCGGAGCGGAGGCGCAUCACCGAUCUGCACGUGCAGGGUUGGGUGAAGGAGCUCAAGGAUGCCAUGUACGAUGCCACGGACAUCCUGGAGCUGUGUCAGCUCAAAGCCAUGGAUCAGGACAGUAGGCGCAGCAACAACCCGUCGCUACUCUCCCUGCGGAAUCCCUUGAACGCCCACCACAUUGGAAGCCGCAUCAUGGCGCUGAACCAGCGGCUUGAUGGCAUCAAGCAGCGUGCCGAGCAAUUCAGCUUCAUCAAGCUCGAUCGCUACGGUGACUGCAGCAGGACAGCUCAAGGCCAUGGCUUACGCCGGACAACACCAGAGCUUGAUCGGUCAGGCGUUGUCGGGAAUAAGAUCGAGCAAGAUACAAGGAGACUGGUGGAGUUGCUAACGAGGGAGGAGGAAGAGGCAAGUGCGGCGAGUAUCAGCAGCAACGUCAGGGUCGUUGCCAUCGUCGGUGUUGGAGGUAUUGGUAAAACUACCCUCGCACAGAACAUCUUCAACCACCAGGACAUCAAGGAGAAGUUCGACAAAAUAAUAUGGCUGAGCAUUAACCAGGAAUUCAGUGAUCCUGAGCUGGUGAGGACGGCCAUCACUGGUGCCGGUGGUGAGCACAGUGGGCAUCAAGAACUGUCCCUGCUUCAGCCAAUCCUUCGAGAAGCAAUAUCUGGAAAGAAAAUCUUUUUGGUGAUGGAUGAUAUGUGGAGCGUCCAUGCUUGGAACAAUUCAUUAAGAAUCCCUUUAGUUAACUCGGCUGCUCAAGGCAGCUGGGUUCUCAUCACCACCAGAGACGAAAGAGUUGCCCGAGAGAUGAAGGCCAUACAGCCGUACCACCGCGUGGACAUAUUAUCUCGGCAAGAUGCCUGGUUGUUACUCAAGAAACAGAUUGCUUCAACUUUGAAAGAUGAGUAUGCGAUUGAGAAGCUAAAGAGUACUGGCUUUAGAAUUUUAGAAAGAUGUGGUGGUUUACCGCUAGCUAUCAAAGCGAUUGCAGGGCUUUUGAACCACAAAGAGAUAAAUGAAAUUGAGUGGGGAAAGGUACUAAGAAGUCCUUCAUGGUUAGUGGAUGGAAUGCCUGAAGAGAUAAACCAUGCAAUAUAUUUAAGCUACGAUGACCUAGACCCUCAUUUGAAGCAAUGCCUUUUGUAUUGCUCACUCUUCCCUAAAUAUGGUAAACCCAAUAAACAUUUGAUUGUUGAAGUAUGGAUUAGUGAAGGUUUUGUUAAUGGAAAAUCAAAUGAACCGGAAGAACUAGGAAAGGAGUAUUACAAUGAGUUAAUCAUAAGGAACCUUUUACAGACAAUGCCCGGCGACAAUAAUAAUUGGACCAUGCAUGAUGUGGUUCGCUCAUUUUGUCGACAUGUGGCUAAAGAUGAAGCACUACCCUUUCAUAUGGAACAUCUUAGAGUCACUGACCUCGAUUCAAAUAGAUAUCGUUGGUUGUGCAUACAGAAUGAAUUAGAUUGGAGUGCAUGGCAAGAACAAAACUCAGUUAGAACGUUAUUUUUUUAUGGAAGUACUCAUAUCAAGUUGAAGGCCAAUGAUUUAUGCAGCAAAUUCUCAAACUUAAGGGUUCUGAGUAUAGUAUAUGCACAACUUGCUACUUUUGAUUCUCUAUGCCAAUUGAAGAACUUGAGGCACUUGUACUUUUCCCGUACUGACAUACGUAGCCUGCCAGAUGGCAUCGGCAAGAUGAAAUUCUUGGAGUACAUUGGGAUUACAUGCUGUGAACAAAUACAACAACUUCCUGGUAGCAUUAUAAAACUAGAGCGGCUAAGAUCUCUUAACCUUAUGGGCACAAACAUAAAAAGUAUACCUAGGGGUUUUGGUCGCCUUACAAGUUUGAGAACAUUAUACUCGUUUCCAGCUCAGAUGGGUAGCAGUUCAUCAAAAGAUGAGUGGUGUAGUUUGGAGGAGCUGGGACCUCUUUCUCAGCUCAGGGAUCUCCAUAUAAAGGGUUUGGAGAAUGUAUCUGCCAGCUCUUCCGCUGCAAAGGCCAUGCUUGGUGCCAAGAAACAUCUUGCCAUAUGGUGGUUAGAGUGCACUGAUAGGCAGAGAGAUGAUGGAUUCUUGAAAGAGGAAGGAAUCAUUUCUAUAGACGAGCAGCGACGAAUCAAGGAGGUUUUUGAUGAGUUGUGCCCUUCAUACUGCUUAGAACAACUUUACAUCAGAGGAUAUUUUGGUUGGCAGCUCCCAAAGUGGAUGACAUCAAAAGCAUCUGUGAGGCUUGAUAGAUUGACGAGUCUUAAGUUGGAUGGCCUGCCUUGCUGCACCAAACUCCCUGAUGGCUUGUGUCAGCUUUCCUGUUUGAAGCUUCUACAGAUCAGGCGUGCCCCAGCCAUUGAGCGCAUCGGGCAUGAAUUCCUGCAGAUACAGCAACACAAUGGUGAUUGCCAUCCUUCCCGAGCAGCGGUUGCAUUUCCUAUAUUAGAGACGCUAGAGUUUACAGUAGUGCUGGAGUUGGAGGAAUGGGUGUGGGAGGAACACAUUCAAGCCAUGCCACUCCUGCAUGAGCUUACACUAGACAGGUGCAAAUUGCGACAACUUCCUCUUGGACUUGCUGAGAACAUGCCAGGGCUUUGAGUGUUCUCAAAUUGUUCAUGGUCCAUAACCUCAAGUCUUUACAGAAUUUGCCUUCAGUUGUGGAGCUUCACCUGUAUAAAAACCCUGACAUGGAGAGCAUCAGAGGUGUCCCAAAACUGCAAGUGCUUAGCAUUAAUUACUGCCCAAAGCUCAAACUAUUGGAGGGAAUACCUGCGCUGCAAAAGCUCUAUCUGCUAGACUUCAGCAUGAAAACACUCCCAGGAUAUCUACAAGAUGUAAAGCCAAAGAGUUUGGUGCUGGACUGUAGUUUGCCACUGCUUGGUAACAUAUCAAUGGGGGCCUCUUGCUCUGACUGGGACAAGAUCAGCCAUAUCCAGCAAAUCAGUGGAUAUGCAGGUGAAAUGCGCAUCAGGAGAAGGUGGUAUGUGUUUUACACACGGGAGCCCUUCAAAUUGGACACAAAUAUCGUCUGCUCUUCCAUAUCUAGAGGCAUUAUCGAUGGUUUGUUGAAGGACAAAGAGAGGCGCGCCAAGGAGUUGAGGAUGGUGAAGCUUCUGUGUGCCCUCCUCGCCGUCGUUGGAUUUGUUUCCAUUCUGCCACAUUGUUAUGGAUUAUUGUUGUAAGAUAAGACGACGUUGCCGCCGACGGAUCUCGCCGGGCUGCGUAGGCUCCUUGCCACCGCCUCGCCACAGUGAGGCGUAGAGAUCAGCACUAGAAGAGAAGACGUACGGGAACAACUGUGGAGGCCAUGCAGCCACCGCCGUGGUCUCCCACAUCGCCGUUUGGUUUCUCUGUAGCUCACCGGCAUGACAUCUUCACUGGCUGCCUCCUCCCCACGCAGCAGCUGUUAGCCCAAUCUGCCUCCGAUCCUUGUCAUUGUCAUUACCUGUGAUUAUUAAUUGUUGAUUGAUCUGAUAUCCGCCUGGUCUGGGAUAUGGCCUCUAGCGUUACUCGCUUGUCGUGCUUCCUGAUUGUUGAUGUAAUUUCUGAUUUGUAGGGAUGCCUAAUUGUGAGGUUGAUGAUGUUAUGUUAUCAGUGAAUAAUUCUUUUAUGAAUACUCAUUCAUCGUAACAAUACACGAGUAAAAUUUAUUUUUA